AGCCCCGCCCCUGGUUCCCCACCCCCUUCUUUUCCCUCCCCUCCCCCUUCGGCCUGCUCCAGGUGCCCCGGCGGGUCUUGCGGCGCGGCGCGCAACGUGAGUUGGCGGUCACCAUGGCAAUGCGGGAGCUGGUGGAGGCCGAAUGCGGGGGUGCCAACCCACUCAUGAAGCUGGCUGGGCACUUCACCCAGGACAAGGCCCUUCGGCAGGAGGGGUUGAGGCCCGGCCCUUGGCCUCCAGGAGCCCCAGCCUCUGAGGCGGUUUCCAAGCCUUUGGGAGCAGCCUCCGAAGAUGAGUUGGUGGCCGAAUUUCUCCAGGACCAGAAUGCACCCCUUGUAUCCCGCGCCCCACAGACCUUCAAGAUGGAUGACCUCCUGGCAGAGAUGCAAGAGAUUGAACAGUCAAACUUCCGCCAGGCACCCCAGAGAGCUCCUGGUGUGGCAGACUUGGCCUUGUCCGAGAACUGGGCCCAGGAGUUUCUUGCAGCUGGAGAUGCAGUGGAUGUAACUCAGGAUUAUAAUGAGACUGACUGGUCCCAAGAAUUCAUCUCUGAAGUUACAGAUCCUCUGUCUGUGUCCCCUGCCCGCUGGGCCGAGGAGUAUCUGGAACAGUCCGAGGAGAAGUUGUGGCUGGGAGAGCCGGAGGGAACAUCUGCCGCUGAUCGCUGGUACGAUGAAUGUCACCCUGAGGACGAUCUGCAGCACGCAGCCAGUGAUUUUGUGGCCAAGGUGGAUGACCCCAAGUUGGCUAACUCCGAGUUCCUGAAAUUCGUGCGGCAGAUUGGCGAGGGGCAGGUGUCCCUGGAGUCCGGUGCAGGGUCGGGCCGAGCUCAGGCAGAACAGUGGGCAGCAGAGUUUAUACAGCAGCAGGGUACGUCAGAUGCCUGGGUUGACCAGUUCACAAGACCAGUAAACACAGCUGCCCUCGAUAUGGAGUUUGAACGAGCCAAGUCAGCUAUAGAGUCUGAUGUCGAUUUCUGGGACAAGUUGCAGGCAGAGUUGGAGGAGAUGGCCAAACGGGACGCGGAGGCUCACCCCUGGCUUUCUGACUAUGAUGAUCUCACAUCUGCUUCCUAUGAUAAGGGGUACCAGUUUGAGGAGGAGAACCCCCUGCGUGACCACCCACAGCCUUUUGAGGAGGGGCUCCAGCGGCUUCAGGAGGGGGACCUGCCAAAUGCCGUGCUGCUUUUUGAGGCAGCGGUGCAGCAGGAGCCCAAGCACAUGGAGGCGUGGCAGUACCUGGGUACCACCCAGGCAGAGAAUGAACAAGAACUGUUAGCUAUCAGCGCGCUGCGGAGGUGUCUGGAGCUAAAGCCCGAUAACCGGACGGCACUGAUGGCCCUGGCCGUGAGCUUCACCAACGAGUCCCUGCAGCGACAGGCCUGCGAAACCCUGCGAGACUGGCUGCGCUACACCCCGGCCUAUGCCCAUCUGGUCGUGCGUGGUGAAGAAGGCGCUGGCGGGGCGGGACAGGGCCCCAGCAAGCGCAUCCUGGGAUCUCUGUUGUCAGACUCCCUAUUUCUUGAAGUGAAGGAGCUCUUCCUGGCUGCUGUGCGCCUGGACCCUACAUCCAUUGAUCCCGAUGUGCAGUGUGGCUUGGGAGUCCUCUUCAACCUGAGCGGGGAGUAUGACAAGGCGGUGGACUGUUUCACAGCUGCCCUCAGCGCUCGUCCCAAUGACUAUUUGCUGUGGAACAAGCUAGGGGCCACCCUGGCCAAUGGAAACCAGAGUGAAGAAGCUGUAGCUGCCUACCGUCGGGCCCUUGAGCUACAGCCUGGCUAUAUACGGUCCCGCUAUAACCUGGGCAUCAGCUGCAUCAACCUUGGAGCUCACCGGGAGGCUGUGGAACACUUUUUGGAGGCCUUGAACAUGCAGAGGAAGAGCCGGGGCCCUCGGGGAGAAGGGGGUGCCAUGUCAGAGAAUAUCUGGAGCACCCUUCGUUUGGCAUUGUCUAUGUUAGGCCAGAGUGAUGCCUAUGGGGCAGCCGAUGCCCGGGAUCUGCCCACACUUCUAACUAUGUUUGGCCUGCCCCAGUGACAGUGGGAUGGGCUGCCCUGUGAGUGUCUGCUUGGAGGGGUCCCUGCUCUGAAUGUGACUCCCUCUCCCCAAAUGGGCCUACCAAGGGGGUGGGCUGAUGACCACAAGCGGUACGGCCUCUCAGGAGCUGCCUCAAUGUAGGGGGUGGGGUAGUCUGUGUUCUUCCUACGUAACUGUGGGAAAAUGAGCUGUGUUGACUCUGAGUCCCUUGGUAAUUCAGGGGCUGUACAUCCAGCUACAGAUCUCUCUGCUCAUCAUGCCCUUUUUUGGUGCUGCUUUUUUGGUAGGACCCAAAGAUCUAGGGUAACUGCUGUCAUCAGCUGCCAUUUCUGAUGGGGUCUACCACAUUCGUAACGUCUGUCGUUUCCCCGCCUUUUACUGGGAACUGAUAAUAGUACAGCUUUCUUGGGCAGUUGUGUGUGGCAGGUUCUUCUACUGUGCACCUCUGUGAUGACUGUAUCUGGGUUGGGAUGCUAGGAGUUGGCCUGUUGGAUUUAAAUGUUGCUUUGGCCCAGCAGAGCUGAGUUUUGAUAAGGGUGCUCACAGUUCUAUUGCUUCUGGACCUCUCCUGCCUGUAGCUCGGGUUUCCUGGGCGCAGUGCGGCACAAAGUAAUGCUGGUGUCAUUACUUAGGGGUCCCCAGGAGUGGCUGGGGUCGCCUGUACAGGGAGUGUGUGUGGAGUAGGAGGACGGCUUAUUUGUGGAAUGAACCUAGAAGAGAGCAGAUGGGAUCAGGUUAAGGGCUCUGUUUUGGGGCCUUUGGUGGGAGGACAGAGCAGGUAGGCUGAGGGGGUUGGUGAGCACAGCUUGCUGUGGUCACCAACCCCCCACUCCUAGAAGGUGUUUGGGUAGGAAUUGAGCUAGCUCUUCUAGUUGGCUCAGAGAUGGCAAUCUUGCCAGAUUCCUAGCAGAGAGGCAGUUCAGUGUUACCAUAAGCCUUUUGCUUACUUCUUUAAAUGUUUCUGGGGGGGGCAUUGAAAAAUCCCCUCCCCCCAUAUCACCUUCACAAGGUGUAGAUGGAGGGAAGAUGAGGGAGCAGCUUGGAGUCUCGUCCGCUGCCCGCUGCACAGGGAGGUACACCAGCGCCCGGAAAUGCCUGCUGAGCCUCUUGCCUUGUCUUCAGUAGCUAAUGAUCAGAGAGAUUUUUUUUUUAAACUGCCAUGGUCCCAAGGUUCCAUCCUGAAAUUUAUUUUUCUUUGUAUGAAUACGUGUAAAUGAUUUAAAAAUAAAACUGUAUGAAUAAAAUUUGUAUGAAGAAUAAAUGGAACUGACAUGGG